AUGGCUAAAACCGACAAAAACUCAAAUGGGAAAUCACUCUCUGCUGAAGAUGAAGCCAAUCGAGAUAAAAAAUUCAAAUUAUAUCAAGCAACAGCAUACCGGCUAUGUAUAUUAACGAUUAUACUGGAUAUUAUCCUUGGACUAACGGCUUUUAUUAAUUGUAUGUUGGAUAAAUCAUCAGUUGGAUUGAGUUAUUCAAUCGAUACAUUGAUGGAUUCGAUUUGUAUUUGCUUUGUUGCCUGGCAUUUGAAAGCUCAAACAAGAGAUGAUUUCAAACGACGAGAUUAUUUGGUUUGCUGUGUUAUUGGUGCGCUUUUUAUCGGUUCAUUUUUAGCUAUUGAAUCUCGUGCAAUUCAGUCAAUGAUUGUCCCACAAGCACCCACAGGUGAUUGGCUUUUACUCGUCUAUUCCGUAACACAUAUCGUCAUUUUUACCAUCUUAUCCAUUGCCAAAAUAAUUCUUUCGAAAAAACUCAAUUCGAAAUCUUUGAUGGCCGAUGCCUUGAAUUCAAUUAUUGGUAUCAUUAUGGCUAUUCCAUUGAUCUUAUGGGAUCGUAUUCCGAUCUUAAAUCGACAUACACAAUUCGAUGAUUUAAUCUCUGUAUUGAUGGCUUUGUUUUUACUUGUUAUUGGCUGGACAUUAGUUCAUAAUGGAAUUACCUACCAUAAUAAAUUAUAUUUAGAAUCGUUAAAUCAAGAUGGAAGUGAAUCGAAUGUCAAUGCACAUUCAGCAUUAUUACCGCAAAAUAAUACAAAUUCAACUGCUCGCUCAACUACAAGUGAAGAAACACAUAAGCAAUUUUUGACAUUAGACAAAGACGUUGAGGCAGCAGAUGGGAAAUAG